AUGUGGAUUGGAGGCCGGAAAGGACGGAUAGGUCUGCAGGGUGGCAGUCCUGGCAAUGUCCGCGCACACUCCGGAGAUCUGCCCAUCGCACCUGAGUCCCUGGGAGCAGGGCCUGGGCGAAAGAAUCUUUACGCAAUGCUGCUGAAGGGUGCCGGUGAAGGUGUUGCAGGAGCCCAUUUGGAAGUGAAACCUGGAGCUUGGAAAAGCGCCUCCAAUUUCGUGGGCCAGCAAAGCGCAGGAGUGCAGCCUCCACGCGCACCACCUCCGGACUUCCCGCCCUGGGUGCACAUCGACUCGCAUCUUUGCUACAAGGCUUCGUCCGGAAAAACCUUGGAGGUCAUCGUGAAAGACAUAUCGGUGGAAAAGGGCAGCGUGAAGAUUGUGUUUGCGGACAAUGAAAAGAUUUGGAAGACCAUCCCGAUCAGCACCAUCACCAGUAAGGACAACCCUCUGCUCGGCCAGUGGGGUGCGGAACGGGAGCGGAGUCGCAGCCCAGUGCGCUGA